AUGAGUGCAGUUGAGGAACUCAAACUGUUUUUGGAUAGCAAGUUCAAGUUGAAAGAUUUGGGUCCUCUAAAAUAUUUCUUGGGUAUUGAGAUAGCUAGAAUAGUAAAUGGCAUUACUCUUAGUCAGACGAAAUAUGCUUUAAAAAUCCUAGAAGAUAGUGGGAUGUUAGGGAGUAAAUUGCAGAAAUUCCCUAUGAAGCAAAAUUUAAAGUUGAGCAGAACAGAAGGCAACUUGCUAGAUGAUCCUACAACAUAUAGAAUGUUGUUAGGCAGACUGAUAUACCUUACUAUUACAAAGCCAGAUAUCUCAUAUGUGGUCCAAGUGCUUUCUCAAUUUAUGGAUAAACCUAGACAUACACACCUUGCAGCAUCAAAUAGAGUGCUGCAAUACAUUAAGGGAACUCCAGGAAAAGGUCUAUUUCUAUCUUCUAGGUCAAAGCAGCAUCUAAAAGGCUUUGCAGAUGCGGAUUGGACUAGGUGUAUAGAUACCAAAAGAAGUGUUACUGGCUUUUGCAUAUUUUUUUGA